UAAUUCCUUUUCCUGCCUUCUACAGAUGUACUUCCUAGACAGGCCAGGCUCCCGAUAGUGACUGCUGCAGCACCUGUCGUUGCAUCAUCCACGUGUCAACGUGGAAAGUUGUAUUCCGGAUAAUCUGGCCACAUCAUAUCUACCGUUGCCAGCAUUCCUGUCGUCGACCUGCGCCUGCGCGUAUCUCCAGUCUAGGCAUCAAAAGCAGUGCCAGGAGGCACGCCCACGUCAAAGCAGUGGUGGUUGCGGAUGGUAACACUUGUCUAAUUGCUGCUCCUGCCUUCUACAGGGCCGCCGUGAUGCCGGACCAAGUUGACAGCGGUCAGCCGCUGCAGAUCCUCAACGUGGACGGUCGCAGACUCGAGCUGGACGAGCACGGCCUGGCGCGCCUCCUGCUGGACGAACGCGUGAAGGACCAUCCUGUCGUCGUGAUUGCGGUGGCUGGGGCCUUCCGCAAGGGCAAGUCAUUCCUGCUAUGUUUUUUGCUCCGCUACCUGCGCAGCAUGGGCCGAGCCGACUGGCUCGGCGACCCAGACGCUCCGUUGGAGGGCUUCAAGUGGCAAGCAGGCAGCCAGCGCCAGACUACCGGAAUCCUCAUGUGGAGCGAGGUUUUCUUGGUGGAGAAUUCUCAAGGCGAGAAGCUGGCAGUGGUUCUUAUGGACACUCAAGGGACCUUCGACUGCAAGUCCCCGACUGCAGUGCAUUCUUCUAUUUUUUCCCUAAGCGCCAUGAUUAGCUCCGUACUAGUUUACAACGUGUCCCAGAACAUCCAGGAGAACGACCUCCAGCACCUCCAAGCUUUCAUCGAAUACGGCAUGCUGGCGCAGUCUGAGCAGCAGAGCAGCAGCAUGCCUGAUGAGGUGGCUUGCGAGCACCCCUUCCAAAGCUUGCUGUUUCUGGUGCGCGACUGGCAGUGUGCGUACGAGAUGCCGUACGGUUUGGAGGGUGGUCAACAACUCCUGGACAGCCGGUUCGAAGACAUAGAAGACGAAGAACUGCUACAGCUGCGGGAGAAGAUAUUGAAAUGUUUCAUGAAGAUCCGCUGCUUUCUCAUGCCCCACCCAGGCCUAAAGGUAGCCGAAGAGUGGCCCUGUGAAGGCCGCCUAUCAGACAUUAGUGACAAAUUCAAGCUGUACCUUCCUGACCUCGUCCAGCUGUUAUUGGAACCGGACAAUCUGCUGCCAAAAGAGAUAAACGGGCGUAAAAUAACGUGCCAGGAGCUGAUGUCCUACAUAAAGGUUUAUGUGAGUGCAACCAAGAAAGGCCUGCUGCGAGAUCCAUCAGCAAUGCUAGAGGUGACCCACGCCGCAAGCUGCCGCGCAGCCUUGGACAAAGCUCUAGACUUCUAUACGACCAGUAUGAUAACACUGUGGCAGUGUUCCCCUGGCGACGUCGACCGCGACACCAUGCGGGGUUACCACGACAAACUUCGUGAAGUGGCAGCUGAGAAGUACUCAGCUGCACCGAAGAUGGGCGGAGAGGAGCAAGCACAGGUGUACAUGGACAAACUCCUGGAGCCGGACGCCCGUUUCAAGCGCGACUUCGAGGACCACAGCUUUGGUCACAGCUGCAAGGUUUGCGAUCGGUUGUGGUUCCACAACAAUCUGAGCGUGAUAGGGAACAUCAAGAAGGACUCGAGUCGUUUGAACGCGCUUCGGGGUCUUUGGAACGAAUUUGGAGGAGGAGGCCCCGACGACGAGAACGGCGACACCAUCAUCGCCGUCUUUGACGACAACCCUCGUCUGGCGCCGUUCAAGUCGUACCUGACGGCGGCACCGGGCCGCCCCGUCUAG